GGCCUUCAGCUAGAGUCGCCAUUUUGUUGUCGUCGAAAACAGGCAGUGAACGGCGACAGGCGGCAGCUGAAAUAAACCACCAAACCGGCGUUAUUUGUCAGCGACUCCGGACAGAACAGUUAGUUGCAUGAGUUCAUGGACUGCCUGCUGAUCAAUGGUUAUGGUAUCGAUAAGGCUCGUGUAGGUUUACCCGGGUCGCUCAGCUCAAAGAUGGACGACAGCGCGGCGAGGGAAGACGCCUGCCGGGACUACCAGUCCUCGCUGGAAGACCUGACGUUCAACAGCAAGCCGCACAUCAACAUGCUGACCAUCCUGGCCGAAGAGAACCUCAACUUCGCCAAGGAUAUCGUCGCAAUAAUUGAAGCACAAAUCAGCAAGGCCCCAGCUACCGAGAAGCUUCCAGUUUUGUACUUAGUGGAUUCCAUAGUGAAGAAUGUUGGAGGAGAGUACCUUGCAGUGUUUGCUAAAAACCUAAUCACUUCAUUUAUAUGUGUCUUUGAAAAGGUGGACGAAAACACUAGAAAGAGUCUGUUCAAGCUACGAUCAACGUGGGACGACGUGUUUCCUCUGAAGAAACUGUAUGCACUGGACGCCCGGGUCAACUCUGUGGACCCGGCGUGGCCCAUCAAACCGCUGCCACCCACCGUCAACGCCAGCAUUCACGUCAACCCCAAGUUUUUAAAACAGUCUGAGGAGGCGUCCUCGCCGCAGCCGGCCCCGGCCCCGGCCCAGCCGCCCCCUGCAGCACCGGCCCCCCAACCGCCACCAGCAGCGCCGGCCCCCGCUGUCAGCCAAUCGAGCCUGACCCGGGAGCAGCUGAUCCGGCAGCAGCUGCUGGCCAAGCAGAAGCAACUGCUGGAGCUUCAGCAGAAGAAGAUUGAGCUGGAGCUGGAGCAGACCAAAGCACAGCUGGCUGGUGGAUUUGUGCUACCAACCACGACUGCAGUCACGACUCCGACAGCAUCCAGCAUGGCGUCGAAGCCCGUCAUCCAAACUGCUCCGACGGUCCGACCCUGGAUCCCUCCUCAGACUCCGGCUGACACCAAACCGUCCACCAGAGACCCCCGUCUGAACCGCUCUGGCCCCCCAGCUGCCUCCCAACCCAAAGAACAGCCGACUAAAAAAGAGAGCACCGGGAGCUCUCACACUUCCACACUUGAGAAACGACUGCUGGAGAAGUCCGUCCGGCCGGACAAGGCCCGGACCCCGAGGAAGGACGUGUCGGAGGAGAAGCCCAAGUCCAAAUCUCCGUCUCCAAUGGCUAAAAGUGUGCAGGGCAAAAGCAAACAGGUGGAGGCUGAGAUUCAGAAGUCGACUGACGGCACAAAGAAAGAUCCUCGGCUGAGAAAACGGACACAGGAUAAGAGCGGAGACACCAAAGACGACGAGCUGAAGGAGAAGAAGAGAUGCAGCGACAAGAAGGAGCGAGACGAGGCAGCUCGCGGAGCAGAGCCUCAGCGCUUCGGCAAGGGGAAGCUGGCGAACGGCUCAGUGACCAAACACGACCGCGACGAUGCAGCCGAGAGGGUCGGAGGCAACGCCAGAACACACGCCAGGAAACGCACCCGCUCGCGGUCCAGGUCGCGCUCGCCCACCUCCUCCCCAAAGAGGAAGGACAGGCGGUCGCCCAAAAGCAGAGCCAGGAGCAGCUCCCUGUCCCCAUCGCCAUCACACAAACCCGGCAAACCCAGGAGGGUCCGCGCUGACGAACUGCAGCAUGGAAAGCCCGGCCGAGAGGACCGGCUCGCACCCAAAAAGAACCAAUCGGACAGCAGGAGGUCGAAGAGGCCAGGGGACGACCGGCACUCCGAGUCCAGAGACUCCCAUUCCCCUCGCAGCCACGACGGAGGAAGCAAGGAGUCGAAGGAGGCGACUCACCGCUGGAGGAGCGGCUGGGAGGAAAACAAACAUAUGAAGCUUUCUGAAGACUCUCACCAGAAGCCUGGACCUCAGAGACACAAACCGUACAGCACUCCGACUCGGCCCACCACCCCCAGAACCCCGAAGCAUCGCCUCAGCGUGGACGCCAACCUGCAGAUACCCGAAGCCCUGAACUCUGCCUCCAAGAAGGACCUGCUGAGGAGGGCCAGCAAGAGUUUGGAGAGCGGCGAGAUCUCCCAGGAGGACUUCCUGAACAUGGCCCACCAAAUCAAGCACUUCUUCCAGUAUCAGGAGGAGAAGCAGCAGCGCUCGGAGGGCUGGGACGACGCCGCCAACUUCCCCUUAAAGAAGCAGCCGCUGCUGGGAAUGCCUCCGUCCGCUCAGCCCCGCCCCCACGAAGCCAUGGAUGCCGCCGAGCUGUCGUACUAUGAGCACAAGUCCAAGCUGAGGAAGACGCAGGUCAACCACCGUCCUGCCGGAGAGGAGUGGGAGGGCGAGGACAGUCCGGAGGAGGGCGAGGAUGGAGCGCCGGGUGAAAAGACGGGCGGCAGCCGAAGCGCCGGACAUCCAUCGUCGCAUAAAUACAGCCGGGCAUCACGGGACCGGCCAGGUGAGAGGAGAAGCAAAGAGCGCGAGCAGCAGCGACCUUCACUCGCCCCCAUGAUCGAGGAGUACAACCACGGCAAAGAGUUCCCCACGCUGAAGUCACUGCCAGGCCUUCGCUUCAGGAGGAGAGUCGACCCCAGAGAGUCGAGUGAGAGGGAGUGGACCUCGCCGCUCACAGAGCGCCAGCACUACGAGGAACGCGAGGAGCAGAAGAGCGGCUACGAUGCUCCGCGGAGGUACGCCGACUCCAGACACCCCGACUCCAGACACCCCGACCCCCGGAGGCCAGAGGGCCCCCCUCCGUCCGGCACCGUGGUUCUCAGGAACUGUCCGAGCCCAGCUGGUCUGGACUCUGCUGCCCCCCGCUUUGAGCGUGAGCGCCUGUCACCGCUCCACCAGAAAGAGUCUGCAGACAUGAGCCCGGUUCCUCGCUUCGAGAGUCCCACCAGCGAGCAUUCGGAUGACGGGCCGCUAAAUCUAGACGCCCCCCCUUCCCACCUGCCCAUUCCUCCCAAAUCCAUCCUGAAGGCACCAUCCCGUGUCGGCCCGCUGCCUGGUGUCCGGCAGCACGCUGACUCCCCGGGACACACCCCUCCGCACGAAGCAGGACACCCCCCCUCUCGGUACAACGGGCCCGGACACCCCUCCAGGCCGCACCCCCCAGGGUGGUACGAAGGCGGUGGCCCCGGCCGCUACGAUGACACACAGUUUGAUGGACCUCACCACCAGGGCCCCGGUAGGUUCGAUGGCGGGGGUCCGCCUCAUCACAACAUGCCAGAGAGGGUGGAUGGCCCCGGGCAAUGUGAGGGCCCCCACAUGGCUCACGGUCCAAUGAGAGGUGGAGAUGGCAUGGGACGAUUUGAUGGCCCCCCUCAGGGGCCGGGCAGGUUUGUUGGCCCCGUUGGCCAGCAGGCGCCUGUGAGGUAUGAGGGCCAAGGGCCCGGGCCGGGCCACUUAGAGGGCCCGAUGCAGCGCUUCGACGCGCCGCGGGGCUUUAACAACAUGGGCCCCGGACCAGGUUCUGGGCCAAUGGGCUUCCAGCAGCAGCGUCCAAUGCGCUUCGAGGGUCCGAUGAGGUUUGAAGGCCCCGGUCGCUUCGAGGGGCCCGGCCAGCCGGGGCCCAGGUAUGAUAUGCCCCACCAAGGUGGGCCUCCACGCUUCGAGUACCCCGCUGGCCAGCAGGGGCACCCCAGGUUUGGCCCCCAACACAACCUGCAGCCCCCCAUGAGACCGAUGGCUCCACCCAUCUACGAGAACCCCAUAGCCCCCCAGCAGAACUUUCCGAUGGCCCCCCAGCGUUUCCCGGAGCCCAUGAACCCUCAGUUCCCUGCGGGGCCGAUGGCUUUCCCAGCGCAGCCAAACAUGCAGCCAGCGGGAAACUUCAACAUUCAGCCGGCGCCACCCUUCAGCCAGCCGGCCCCCGGCCCCUUCUACAACCCUGCAGCCCCUGCCGUCGGCAUGCAGCAGCCGGUGAAUUUAUUGGCAAACAUGAACCAGCCGUUCUUGCCUCAGACCUCAGUGCCUUUCGGACAGCAGACUCCGCAGGUCGCCCCUCCAGAGAACCACUUUGGUCAGGUUGACGUCAAUGACCUGCUGUCCAAACUCAUCUCCACCGGCAUCAUCAAACCCUCACAGCCCGAAGCCGCGCCGACCUCCAGCAACGAAUCUCCCACAGUGGUUCCAGCACCUCCGUUGGUGGAGGAGGAGGAAGAGGAGGAGCAGGAGGAGGAGGAGGAAGACCUCCCAGACCUCACCAGCUUCAGCAUUGACGACAUGAAACAGCGCUACGAGAGCGUGGUGACCAAGCUGUACUCAGGGAACCAGUGCUGCCUGUGCAGCAUGCGCUUCACCGCCGCUCAGACCGACAUGUACGCCGACCACCUGGACUGGCACUUCAGGCAGAACCACGCCGGCAAAGUGGCCAGCAAGAAGGUCACGCACCGCCGCUGGUACUACAGCCUCACGGACUGGAUCGAGUUCGAGGAGAUCGCCGACCUGGAGGAGCGAGCCAAGAGUCAGUUCUUCGAGAAGGAGAACGAAGAGGAGGUGCAGAAGAAUCAGGCGGCCGCCAAGGAGAAGGAGUUCCAGAGCGUCAGAGCCACCAAGGACCAAGUGGGAGAGUCAUGUGAGAUCUGCCAGGAGGCGUUCGAGACGUACUGGGUGGAGGAGGAGGAGGACUGGUUCCUGAAGAACGCCAUCAGGGUCGACGACAAGAACUUCCAUCCCUCCUGCUUCGAAGACUAUAAAAACACGUCGUCGUAUCUCGACGUCACGCCGUCGCCCAACAAGCUGCUGGCUGAUCACCCGCUGGGCGCCUUCGUGAAGACCGAAAAAGAAGAAGAGCAACAGGAGGAGGAAGGCGCUUCGUGUGCUGUCGCCGCUGCCGCCGCCGCCGCCGCUGCCGCCGCCGCCGCCGCUGCCGCCACCUCAGUGAAACAGGAAGUGGAGAACGUCGAGCUUCCCGACGUGAAGGAGGAGGAGGAGGAGCAGGAGAAGGUUUUAACGAACCAGUCCGAGGAGCAGGCGUGAGCUCCGGUCACAUCAACGGCUUUUUUAGCUGCAGAGCUCGAAUCCUCUGCAACUCAACUUGAAUACAUUUUUGUAUUUGGAUCGUACGCGGCCAUUUCAGGUCUGCUGUUUCUGUGAAUCAAAGUGUUUGGUUUGGUCAAAGCUGUACAUGAUUUAAUUUAUAAAUUAAAGUAUUUUUUGUAUCUCCUGUGUAACGGUGAUUGAAUCGAACAGCCGCUGCGUGCUGCCUGUUACCGUCUGUACAUAGUUGCAGUGAUUGAUGAUUGAUCGGUUGGUUUAUUGAUGGGCAGUCGCAGGUGUUGAAGGUAAGCAUCAUCUGAAGUCUCGAGGAUUCGACUCCGCCGAGGACCCCGUCGUCUUUUCUUUGUUUUUCUUUGAUUUUGAAUCAAUAAAAGAGUCUGAAACGUG